UUUCGCCUUCCUGCUCCACCUGAUGGAGAGCGGCCCAGCGCCGGCAGACCGGAAGAUACCUCGCCCUCUCUAGCCUGGAUCGGACGCCACGUCGAUUACCUGUUCCAUUGGCAGCCGAAAGGCACGGUCCCCCGUCAAGCGCAUUUGCACGCGAUCCUGGAUAGUCUUCGUCACCAACGUGGUCGAGAUGUCCCAGCACGGUUUCCAAAUGGCCGGGCAUAGUGGGAUCGACCCCAACGAUCUGGCCAUGUCCGGCAACUUUCAGACGCAGUACCAAAAUCAUUUCUCUGGCCAUACGAAUCCGCCAAAUGCAUUCUCAACCGGCUCGGCUGUUUUCGGGGAUGACGAGUUGCUGGAAGGCCUGACCAGUCCCACGGAGCCCCAGGCAGGGCUUCAGGACUACAACAUGAACGAGAUGGGUCCCGGCCUUUCGCAAGGCGUUUAUGGCUCUCACCACGGCUUGCCCAUCGAGCAGCAGCCCAUGAACGGAUACUCGAGCACGCCGGAUGGCGAUCCCAUACAGAGCCCCUUUGUGCACAACUUUGGCCAAUACCGCCAACUCCAGCACCCUCAGUCCUUUAGCGGCUCGCUCAAAUCACCCCUCUCUUAUGCUGGAUCCCCCCUUGCGAACUCGGAAAUGAACGAGAACGUGGAUUCGAGCUUUCUCGGCGUGCAAGCGCGCGCGCGCAUGGCACAAACUAUGCAGCGCAAGCCCUCGAGCGCCAGGGGCUCUCUCACCCCCAAGACGGCGGCCAUGGCUGGGCUGCCGGUGACUGCCGAGGCUCCCUUUGGUGCCCAACCGAUCAGGACAAGCAGCGUGCACCACGAAAAGUCACACUCCGGCCAGUGGAUCCAGACCCCCAACAGUCUCUCGUCGUUUCCUGGUUCCGGCUUCUCGUCGCCCCUACAGCCUCCUUUGCAGAGCAACCACAUCAGCGACAUGAUCCUCAAGGGCGGCGCCUCGAUGCCCGCGAAACUGGGUGCUCCGUCGGCUGCGGCUUCGACUCAAGAGGCUCGGCGAAAGCGGAGGCGCGAGUCGCACAACCUGGUCGAGCGCAGGAGGCGGGACAACAUCAAUGAGCGGAUCCAGGAUCUGAGCAAGCUGGUGCCUGCUCACCGGCUGGAGGAUGAGAAGAUCCGGAAGGCUAUCCAGAACGGGACGCCGCUCUCGCCAACCCUGGCUGGGAUCGGAUCGCAGGCGACCUCGUCUCUUGCGGGCCCCGGCGCUCGACGGGCAGCGGGGGGGAACGCAGGGAACAUCACGACCGGCUUACCCGUGGAAGAGAAGGAUAAAGGCCCGAACAAAGGGGAUAUCCUGAAUGGCGCCGUGAGCUGGACUCGCGACCUGAUGUGGAUGCUCCACCUGAAGAUCCAACAGCAGGAGGAACUGAUCAACACCAUUCUCGAGAGCGGAGGCCGGGUGCCGUUUGAGAUCACCGAUGAUGAGCGGAGGAUGCAGACCGAGCUCAUGGAGGCGAUGGCCAGGAAAGACGAGACAACUGGGCAGCCCAGGACCUUCUCCUACUCGCGCACUGCCGGGUCCGGCCUUCGGGUGCCACAUCACACGGACUACAAGGGCGAGCCUCUCAACGGCAACACCAAUGGCACCGGCGGCGAUCACGCCUCGGUCAGCCCUGGGGAUGAGGGUGCGGGAGGGCUCGCCCAUGACAUGCUCGACAAUGGUGACUUCCUUGAUUACGAUGACGACGGCAGUGCCGACUUGAAUUUCAAGGAAGAGGACGAGUUGGGCAUGGAUCUGACUGCCUAGCAGCCGAGAGCGCGUUGCUGCUAUCCUGUCUCCUGCGGCUCGUUGUCUCGCGCUCUUCUGGGUUCUGCAUCGCUGCUGCACUUUCGGGGUUAUAUAGCAUAGCAAGGGUCGUUCAGGCACAGCGGUCGUGGCGUGGUCGGAUCGAACUGGGCAGGUUGAUCAGAGGGGCCUACAUGCAUUGAGAUUCGGCGGGGAACAUUGUCGUUCUCUUUCCCUUUGGCUCUUGCUGGCGUUUCCUAGCUUACAAAUGAUACCUCGAGCAUUUCGGCACAUGGAAACAAGGUGGAUAGGGUGGGCAGGGCGCUUUUGGCUUUCAUGA